CUUUAUAUUAUAAUUUUUAUGACUGAAAAGAAAACUACAGCUGAUUAUAAUCGUUUACAGAACAGAAACAAUCAAUUUAAAAAAUGUUCUGAAUGUCUAAAUAAUACUAUCUCCAAAAAUCCAAUUGCAAACAUCUUCUUAAAAAUGGAAUAAGCGUAAUCCUAUUUUUCAUUCCUAGAUUAUGUUCCAGUUGCAUCAACACCAACCUUUAUGUUUUACCCAAAACAUAAGAAUUUUCAGGAGCAGAGACAUUCCCGUUUACUAUAUAUAGAAAAAUAUUGUGCAAAAUACAUAAAUACGAAUAAAGAUUGAAGUGUUAAGAAUGCUCUAUUUAUUUAAAUGAAAAAAAUUAUGCCAAGUGUCCUUUUUGCGAGUUCAGCAUAUUCAAAAGAAAUUUGAAAAAAUGGAGUAUGUAAUUUGUCUUGUCUUAUAAUAAUAUAGCUUGUACCCAAUUCACAAAUGUGAAGUUUGUAAUCAUUAUUAAUGUCUAAAAUGCUAGUCAGUUCCUGGAAUCAUGGGUAAUGAUGCUAUUGAAUGCUACACCUGUUCAGAGAGGAAGCAAGAUUAGUAUUAUCACGUAAAACACGCAAUCAAAUAAAUGAACACUUUUAAAGGCAUACAAUUUCUAAUCACUAUCUUAUGUGUUGCCAUUUUCACUCCCAUCUAGAUCAUGGGCAAAACUACUUCUAUUACAAAGCAAAUCAUCGACUGGUAACCCUUAUCAUAAGUCACUCCCCGUCAAUACUUGUUUAAACUAGCCUAUACUGUUAUCGUUGGACCUUUCUUGUGGUUAUGGAUAUAUCUUAGAUACUUUUUUAUUUUGUUUUGGGAAAGCUACUCCGACAACGUUCGACUGUUAUAUCGGUAAAUGAUCCCUUAACCUUGAUUGCUAUUCAU